CAGUUGGUACUUCAUGGUGACUGAGUAUCUUGAAUGCCGGCCCUGCAAAAAGAAGCUUGCAGCCUGGUCGCGAGACAUCCUGGACCAGUUGGAUCCCAGCCACCGUGAACAGUUUCCUGCAGUCCUAACCUACAGGUUGUCCUGUGAUAGGGAGGUUGUGAGAUUGUUGCGGGGGCGCACGCUGGGGAACAGUGCCACAGCUCUGUACAGGCACCUGUGCCUCAGGCAUAAAGAACAUUAUCUGGGCCAGUCAACACUGUACCUGUCUGUGCUGAGGAAUUUUGUUACCCAGAACACUGAUCCCAGCAGUCUCAUUGCCGCGCUGCCACAGAUGGUGCCUGUCCCUAGUCCAUCUUGGCUGCUCUCAGUGUACGCCAGAGAAGUACUGACACGGCUUCCUGAACUCAAGGCCCGUGUCACCUCUGUUUAUGGCUCCAUUUUAAAGAUGGAUUCCACCAAAAAGGUCACCAAGAAGCUAGCUGGCCAUGCUGCUGGAACUGCUGCUUGGGUGACAGAUGUGGGGAACGAAAUUGGACAAGUCCUCAUGUGUGUCCUCACAGAAGGAGAGGGAAAGGGCCUGCUUCCCAUGUGUUCCGGACUUGUAGUUCGCUACCGCCGAGCUGGAGAAGCUCCUCCGCAAGUCCUUUAUGUGGACCGGGACUGCUGCAGCGCAGGAGAUAAAGGCAAGGCGGCAGCAAUGUUUAGCGAGUGGGACCAGCUGGUGGUCAGGCUGGAUGUGUGGCAUUUUAUUCGGCGAAUCGCAGUCGGGGUCACCACGGACAGCCACCCGCUGUAUGCCCCCUUCAUGGGACACCUCUCGGCCUGCAUCUUCGAGUGGGAUGCUGGUGAUGUUGAGAGGUUGAAGGAGGCCUGCGGUGGGAAGCCCACGGCUAAAGAGCUGGCAAGGCACUGUCGCCGCCGCACUCGUGGGGCCAAGGAGACGAAGGAGCUAAUCGAACAGCUCCUAAAUGACUUCAUGGAGGCAACAGACACAAUGGGAGUCAGGCUCUUUGACAAGGAGAGGAUGGAAGAGAUCUGGAGGACACAGCAGCCCCACAUAGAAUGCAUCCAGGACCCACCAGGUGUGCAGCUAUACAGGAGGAUAGGGAGGUGACCAAAGGGGAGGUCAUUCUGCCCCAGUAUCGCUGUGCA